AUGUCUUCUUCAGUUCAGUUCAAUUUUCAAAACAAAGUUGUUUUGGUGACUGGUUCAGGCGGAUCAGGGACAGGGGCGGCCAUUGCCAUUAGUUUUGCUAAAAGUGGCGCUAAAGUAGCCAUUACUGGGCGUAAAGCUGAGCCCCUUCAAAAAGUCGCUGAUGAAAUUGAAAAAGUUUCAGGUGCAAAACCGCUGCAGAUUGUGGGCGACUUGGAAGAUCGGGCAUUCACCAAGAGUCUACUGGAACAAGUGAUUGCCUUCUACAGCAAGUUGGACAUUUUAGUCAACAAUGCCGCACAGUGGUCCAGAGAAGGCACACUGGAGAGCCCUCAGCUGCUGGACGUAUUUGACAAGCUAAUGAACAUCAAUGUGCGACCAGCAAUUCAGUUGACUCAGUUGGCUGUGCCCUACCUCGAGGUGACGAAGGGAUGCGUCAUCAACAUGAGCUCAACCGCCGCACAUCGACCACGAAACCUCGGCUACUGCACCUCAAAAGCGGCCCUGUUGAUGGCCACGCAGUGCAUGGCACUGGAGUGCGCCCCUAAGGGUAUUCGCGUUAAUUCAGUUGAUUCGGGGCGAAUUUUGCGUGGCUGGGGCCAGGAGCUGGGUGAACGAGAGCUGGCGUACAACAAGAUGACGGUCGACCAGUUUUCCUCUGUUCAUGCGCUGGGACGAUGCGCCACGACGAUUGAGAUUGCAAACUUGGUGUUAUUUUUGGCCAGUGACUUGGCCAGCAACAUGACUGGAUCAAAUCAAAAAGUACGAUUUUACCGGAAAGGUUGCCCUUGUGACAGUGGCAUCGGCGCUGAAAUUGCCAAGCAGUUUGCGCAGUAUGGAUCCAGUGUGGCUAUAACCGGUCGCAAUGCCGACAAUUUGGCUUGUGUGGCCGAAGAAAUUGCCAGUGUUUCCGGCGUCAAACCACUGCAAGUGGUCGGCGAUUUGCUAGAUGAUGCCUUUCCGGAAAAGCUCAUCACGACAGUCAUUGAACAUUUCAAAAAGUUGGACAUUCUUGUCAACAAUGCUGGAGGAACUGUUCCCAAUGGAGGCCUGUCAAGUGAAAAACUGCUGGAAGAGUUUGACCAGACAAUUAAGUUGAACUUGCGCGCACCGGUGGAGUUGAUUCAACGAGCGGCGCCGUACUUGAAGAAAGAAAAAGGAAACAUUAUUCAAAUUUCAUCCGUCGCGUCUACUAAACCAUGGACUCUAUCUUACAGUUCAGCCAAAGCUGGUCUUGAUAUGGCCACCCGUUGUGCGGCCUUGGAACUGGGAAGUUUUGGCGUACGCGUUAACUCUAUCAACCCGGGUCCUGUAGAAACGAGCUUUCAUCGAUCAAUGGGACUUGAUAAUGACGCCUUCAAAGGAUUUGCAACCUUUUUCAAGGAGAACUCUCUUUUAAAAUACAUUGGACAGCCAGAAGAUGUGGCCAACUUGGCCUUGUUUUUAGCCUCUGAUUUGGCACGAAACAUUACUGGCAGCAUUUAUUUUACCGACAGUGGAUCACUGUUGUAUACACCAGAGUUUAAAAAAUGA